AUGUGGCCGUCGGCGUCAUUCGCGGCGCGCGUGUGCGCGGGCGUGGCGCUGGCGAUGUCGCUCACCCUCGGCGCCGGCCGGCGGGACUACAAGGACCCCGACCGGCAGAACUCGGACAUAUCGCUCUGGAUAGACGAGCGGCAAGUUAGAAUGUUUAGCGGUAUAUCAAUGCAAGUAUUUGCAAUACUAAACGGGAAUAUAUCACCGUAUAUACUAGAACCAAACUUCUCACACAAACUGCCCGUGAUACCCUCAGAGGUCGGCUACGUGAAUUUCACUUGGCGUUCGAAGAAGCGAUACUUCUACAACUUCGACACACUCACGUCGUCCGACCCUAAGGUCUUGAAACCGCCCUACCUGUCUAUCAAAACACAAGGCCGGGUGCCUAAAGCCUCUAAAGAAUUUAGUAUAUUCUUACCCUGUAUGGGCAACGUAAGUGGGGUGGCGACAUUUGAAAUAGGGUUAGUGCUAAAAAACGGUCGAGGCACCCCGUUAAAAGGCACUCCUCUGAGGCUAAACCUUAAGAAGGAAUGCGCACAGAGAGGUGUGUAUUUAGAAAGGACAGGACCGGACCCGGAGUGUGAUAAAAAGUGCGCGAACCAGGGCUGGUGCAAUAGCGAAAAGAUCUGCCAGUGCCCCGAGGGCUACAUGGGGCAACACUGCCGCACGGCACUCUGCUACCCGCAGUGUAUGAACGGGGGCAACUGCACCGCGCCCGGAGUGUGCUCCUGUCCCCCCGGGUACCAGGGGCGGCAUUGUGAGGGAGGGAUAUGUUCGCAAAAAUGUUUAAAUGGAGGAAAAUGUAUACAGAAGGAUACAUGUGAAUGUCCUAAAGGAUAUUAUGGUCUUCGGUGUGAAUUUUCGAAAUGCGUGAUCCCCUGCCUGAACGGGGGCAAAUGCAAGGGGGUGAACAAGUGCCGCUGCCCCCCGGGGCUGGGCGGCAACCACUGCGAGGUGGGGCGGCGCGCGGGCGAGUGCGCGCGCGCCUGCCGCCACGGCGAGUGCCGCGCCGGCGCGUGCCGCUGCGAGCCGGGCUGGCGCGGCCGCUACUGCCACCGGACUUACGGAUCUUCAGAAGAAUCUGGUGAGUUUAAGAGGCCGCGAUAAAUGCGCAAUACAUACAUACGUCGGAAGAUGUAACUUGUGAUUUCAUUAAUUUUAUAAGAAAUUUUUUAUACAUAUUUUGUAACAAUAACUAAAUUAGUCAUUUAGAUGUAAGUUAAGAUUUAAAAUAUAUUAUAAAUUAAAUAUAUGAUGAUGAAUA